GGGAUAUCUAGUUAAAUGUCACAGACGUCAAAAAAAAAGAAUAAUAUUAAAAAUAAAAAACAAAAGGAUUUUGUUUUGAUAUGAUAUGAUAUGGACAAGGCUUUAUAUUAUUUUUCUAUAAAUGCAUGUUUCGUUCCUUUCAAAAUCAGUUACAAAUCUUAUAUGCAAGUACAGUUCCAGAAAAACAAGCUUUUCUAAACCAACAAUCAAUCUUAACACCAUGGAAGGUGUAAUAACAACCAUAAGCGGCAUGAAACGCCCUGCAGCCUCUCCCACAUGUACUCCUAAGAAAAAAACGAAUUUUGUUGGUAUCUCUCCAAUGAAAGAACUGACCAACGUUAAAACCCCAACAGAUAGACCUUUUCGAGUGUCUAUUGAAGGCAACAUUGGAGCCGGAAAAUCAACAUUAAUCAAACAUUUCCAAGGAAUGGAAGGCAUUGAGACUUAUGCGGAACCAAUUGAUUGGUGGCGAAAUGUAGAUGGUCAUAACCUUCUAGAACUAAUGUAUAAUGAUAUUCAUCAAUGGCUAAGGGUAUUUCAGAGUUAUGUCCAAUUUACAAGGCUCAGUGUACAAACUAUGUUACCUCAAAGUAGCAGCACCAGUGUUCAGAUGUUUGAGAGAUCCAUUCAGAAUAACAGAUUUUGUUUUAUGGAACAAGCUCACGAUAAUGGAUAUCUUCAUGCUGCAGAUUAUGCAGUCUUAGAUCAAUGGUACAGAUGGAUCAGAGCUAAUGUUGAUAUUAGUUUAGAUUUGAUUGUUUAUCUAAGAAGCUCCCCUGAAGUGGUUUAUGAAAGAGUAAAAUCCAGAGGUAGGCCAGAAGAAUCAGGAUUGUCAUUUGAAUAUUUGAAACAAUUACAUGACAGUCAUGAAAAGUGGUUAAUGACCGAUGAUCAAAGAUUUAAUACUAUUCCAGUGUUGGUCUUGGAUGCUGAUAGAACUUUGGAAGAAAUCGUUCAACAAUAUAGGGCAAAUGAAACUAAAAUUUUAGGUCAUGACAAAAAAGGAAUUAAAAAUGUUGAUCCAGAAACUAAGGAAAAAGUCAAAAAGACUUUAGACCUUUAGAAAUAGGAAGUGUUAUCAAGCUAAAAAUUUACUUCUUAAAACUUUCGGAGAAAAUGUGAAAUGUUGUUUCAAGUUAAUUAUUAUGGAAUAAGCACCAAAUAACAGGUGGUACUUUUUAAUAGAUUACCAUUAAACAAACAUAGAUAUAAGAGCAGAAAAAUAAUAUAU